UACCAUAGCGAGAUUCGCUUCGAAUUCGGGACAAGGCCUUAGUUUCGUGUACAUGCUUCUAGUCUGUUUCGUGUUAAGGAUUAUUAGGCCAGUUUUGUAUUUUCUUUCCGUAUUUUGAUUUAUAUGGUUUGAUUAUGCGUUACUACGUCAUGAUAGCGUCUUUUUAACCUACUUUUCUUUGAAACUUACAAAGUUAGCAUUAAAAUGGCGGUAUUUUAAAUGCCUCCCAUUUAAAGGAUCGCAUGGUUAAACUUUUGAUCUGCACGAAUUUCGGUCCAGUAUCUUAUCGCAUCACGGGGUUUACAAAGGACAGACGAGGUUUACGCGGAUGCUGAUCCGUGUCAUUUUAGUGGAUGUGUUUUUCGCUAUUGCGAAAGCUGUUUCUGGCGUCGUUUAACAGAGUCUGGAUCAGAAAUUCCGAUUGUUGAAUGAUCUCGUGAUCAUUGGCUUCGGUGGCUGCUGAUACCAUUGCCACCAUGGACGCCGACCGUUCGCACACCAACUGGGUGUCAAUGGAUCUGGGGGAACUGGAUUCGCGUCGGGUCGAUGCCCAGGGCGCCGUGAAUUUCAAUCCUUUCGACGUGGAGAUGACCAUCGAUACGGAGCACACCGAUCGAAGGGAUCACGAUAUGCCCGUUCCGUCUAUCGAUAACUAUUCCUACACGACGCUGCCAAACAUGGCAGUCACAUCCGGGGCGAGAAGCGGCCCGACUGUGUUUGCAAAGUAUGAUGAUUUCCACACCAUCGACUGGCUGCGUGAUAAUGCCAUGGACCGUCAGCGUCAUCGGCAGUUCAAUAAAGUCAAGAAGAAGUCCAUUCUGGACUACCUGCGUAGUGGAAUGGAUGCUGGAUCAGCAUGGCUGUGUGUCUUUCUUGUGGGAUUGUUUUGUGGUUUGUGCACAUCCAUGCUGGAUAUAGGGACGGCGUGGCUAAUUGAUUUACGGAGUGGAAUAUGCUCUGUGGGAUUUUGGUAUAACAGGGAACAGUGUUGUUGGCAGUCCAACGAAUUAAGCUUUGAUGGUGAUUUUAACUGCACAGAGUGGAGAACCUGGUCUAACUUGCUGGGCCAUAUUCCGGAAGAUGCUGGAGCCUAUGUUAUCCAGUACUUCAUGUAUAUUUUGUGGGCUGUGAUUUUCGCUUGGUUAGCCGCCACGCUGGUGCGCGUGUACGCCCCUUAUGCUAGCGGAUCUGGGAUUCCGGAGAUUAAGACAAUACUCAGUGGAUUUAUUAUUCGUGGAUAUCUUGGCAAAUGGACGCUGAUUAUUAAAAUUAUUUCCCUUAUUUUUAUCGUUUCGUCCGGAGUGAAUGUGGGCAAGGAGGGCCCGAUGAUCCAUAUUGCUGCGUGUUGUGGAAAUAUUUUGGCAUAUUUAUUUCCCAAGUGGAAAAAUGAAGCAAAAAAGCGAGAGAUCCAUUCCGCCGCUGCUGCUGCGGGCAUUUCUGUAGCUUUUGGUGCGCCCAUUGCCGGUGUUUUGUUUAGUUUGGAAGAGAUUAGCUAUUAUUUCCCCCUGAAGACUUUAUACCGCUCUUUCUUCUGUGCUCUUGUUGCUGCAUUCGUUGUGAGAAGCAUUAAUCCCUUCGGCAAUGACCAUUUGACAAUGUUUUAUGUGGAAGUUCGUAAUCCAUGGUUUUUCUUUGAGCUGAUUCCCUUUAUUUUUCUGGGAGUUUUUGGGGGAAUUUUUGGGGUUUUGUUUAUCAAAGCAAGCGCAUGGUGCUCCAAAAUGCGCAAAACUACUCGCUUGGGACAGUAUCCCAUUUUGGAAGUCGUAGCCAUGGGUUUUUUGACGGCCGUACUGAGCUUUCCUAAUCCUUACACGAGAGAAGAUAACAGUGCUCUCAUCGCGCGACUCUUCCAUGACUGUGGCCCGGCAGACGUCUCUGAACUUUGUGACUACAAUCGCACUUACGUGUCAGUCACGGCUGACUUUGAAAAGGCGGCUCCGAAUUCCGGAGUGACGAACGCGAUGUGGAAGCUGUUUUUGGCUUUCGUUGUGAAAUUUGUUUUGAGCAUCAUGUCAAUCGGAAUGAAGAUCCCGGCCGGAAUUUUCAUCCCGAACAUGGUUGUCGGUGCCAUUGUAGGACGGAUGCUGGGAGUGGGUAUGGAGCAGCUGAGCAUGACUUAUGCCGAAUCGGCAUUAUUCGUCGCGUCGUGUGGCACCUCUACGCGCUGCGUUACCCCGGGAUUAUAUGCCGUGAUUGGAGCGGCGGCUAUGAUGGGUGGUGUAACACGUAUCACCAUAUCCAUGGUGGUUAUUAUGGUGGAGGUGACUGGCGGAUUGCAGUACAUUGUCCCUUUAAUGGCGGCUGUUAUGACGUCUAAAUGGGUCGGCGAUAUCCUUAUGAAAGAGGGAAUUUAUGAGGUGCUUAUUAACAUGAAUGGAUAUCCGUUUUUGGAUAAUAAAGUGGAAUUCCAUCACACGACAGUGGCGGCAGACGUGAUGCGACCACGACCAACUGAAAAGGAUCCACUAUGGGCGCUGCCACAGGAUUCCAUGACAGUCGAAGAACUGGAGCAUGUAGUGCAAAGCGGUCCCAAUGGGUUUCCCAUUGUGGUUUCGCGGGAAAACCAGUAUUUGGUUGGCUUCGUGUUACGAAAAGAGCUGCAGAUCGCUCUAGAAAAUGUUCGCCAUUCAAACACUGGCAUCGUUUCCAGCUCCAAAGUGUAUUUCGUAGAACAUACGAUUGCCAGUGAUUACAUCGGUCCAAAGCCGCUGGUUUUGACAAAUAUCGUGGACUAUGCUCCCAUAACAAUUAUUGAUCAAACCCCCAUGGAGACUGUAAUAGAUCUGUUCAGGAAAAUGGGAUUGCGCCAGACCUUGGUGACGCACAAGGGGCGCUUGCUGGGAAUUAUUACGAAGAAAGAUGUUCUCAAGCAUAUCAAAGAAAUGGAUCACUUGGAUCCUGAUACGGUGCUGUUCAGCUAAGGGCUCACUGUCAGGCCGACUUAAUGAAAAUUGACCUCUGUUCCCUGUGUUUUUUCUUUCAUUCCCGCUCAGCGACUGAAAUGUCUGGAAGGAUAGUGUGAACUCUACAGACUUAUUUGUACAGUGACUUUUUUACGUCUGUUACUGAGAAACGUACAGUAAUUUUGUGUAAUUUUUAAUUGUUGUCGGACAUUUAAUCGAUUGGAACAUCGACCCUGCGAUUGCUAGCCGACUAGCAGCAGGUUUUUUUGAAUUAUGAUUGUGUUAGCACGAUGGAAAAUAGGCAGCAGCCUUUGUUUUUUCAAAUACAAUUCUGGUCGUAAAAAUAAAUAUUUUUGUGU